AUGAAGAAGGCAGAUAAGGAAUAUGUGGAUAGUGAGUUAGCAAAGAAAGCAGAUAAGGAAUAUGUGGAUAGUGAAUUAAUGAAGAAGGCAGAUAAGGAAUAUGUUAAUGAAAAAGAUAAUGAAAUUAUAGAAAGGGUUGAAUGGUAUCAUGAACGGACAUCGAAGAUUCUUAAAACUAAAGCUGAUACAGGAUGGGUUUCAGAAUGUUUAGACCUUAAAGCAGAUAAAACUUAUGUUAACGAUGAGUUAGAGAAGAAGGCAGAUAAGGAAUAUGUGGAUAGUGAGUUAAAUAAGAAAGCUGAUAUAUCAUUUGUUAACGAUGAGUUAGCAAAGAAAGCAGAUAAAACUUAUGUUAACGAUGAGUUAGCAAAGAAAGCUGAUAUAUCAUUUGUUAACGAUGAGUUAGAGAAGAAGGCAGAUAUAUCAUUUGUUAACGAUGAGUUAGCAAAGAAAGCAGAUAAAACUUAUGUUAACGAUGAGUUAGAGAAGAAGGCAGAUAUAUCAUUUGUUAACGAUGAGUUAGCAAAGAAAGCAGAUAAAACUUAUGUUAACGAAAUAUACCAAAGUUUAGUUGGAACAAAAAAUAUUGAAACUAUUGUUGGCGACUUUUCUGUCAAUGAAGAAAACAAAUAUUUUAGAUGGGGGUUUGUACAGUCCUUAAGAAAUGGUAUACGGUAUAAACUCAUUCCGAAAAAUAACAAUGAAAUGUAUGUAGGCUAUAUAAAGAAUAAUGGUACACAAGUUAAAGUUCCAUUAGACAACAACUGUUACUUAAACUUAUAUGGAGACGAACAAAAGAAAUAUUUAAGAGUUUAUGAAAUGACGGAUAUGACAUUGUCUAACGUAGCUCCAGCACCGUAUUAUUAUGACUAUGGUGUUGACGCACAUGUAGACCCAAAAAAGCAAACAUUAUAUUUAGAAUAUUAUAGAUAUAAAAGAUAUAAUGCAAUAGAAAAAACGAGAAUAGUAUACUAUUAUGAAGAUGACAAAAAUAAAUAUUAUAGUCAAGAUUUUACAUACCCUGAAAACAUAAGAUUAUAUUAUAAAAAAUAUUCUGACACAAACCAGAAGAAACCCGAAAUAGUUACACUAUAUUUUAAGUUCAAAAGAGACAAUCCUAUAAUAUCUCAUAUGUUUGAUUUAAUGAACCCAGUAGGUUCUAUUUAUACAUCUAUGGAUGUGAGAGGUCCUCAAGCAAU